AUGAGAGCGAGGCCGGAAGAUUUGGAAUCCCUGGGAUCCAAGGAACAAGUAGAGGUGUCGAACUCGACGAUUCAAAAGAGGGAUGAAGACCCAUGUCGGAACCUAAAGAUCACUGUAGCUUUUACAAGUGAUGAGGAGGAAACUGAUGAUGGCCGCGCUGGCGGAAAUGCUUCAGAUUCGGAUGAUAUUCCCAUUUUGGACUUGAUUCGUACAGUAAGACAUGAUGAACCGAUUGAUAUUUUGACGCUGCUGGAGAUGGACGAACAGGUCAACCAGAACAAGAAAGAUUCAAAAGACAGCGAAGAGGAAUUCUUUCGGGCGAUGGAGUUGAUUCCACGGGCGCGGUUGACAACUGCGUUUCUUGAGUCAAACGCGUCUACUCAUGAGUCCGUCUUUGGAGCCAUCGCUGAAAUCGUCGACAAUGCAUAUGACUCUGGUUCCCCAAAACUCGAGAUCGACAUAAAAAGCGUGGAAGAAAACGAAAAUCUUCAAGGAAAAAAUUACAUUUAUUUCCGCGAUCUAGGCUGCGGAAUGACGUCGAAAGAAAUGUUCAACGUCAUCGCUUAUGGCUACUCGAGCAAGAACGACAACCCAGAAAUGAUCGGCAUGUACGGCAACGGGUUAAAAUCUGGCUCGAUGAGAGUUGGAAACGACUGCCUCGUCUUGUCGAUCAAAGAUGACGAGCUCUCCGCACUCAUGAUCUCUCAAACAUUCAUUAAAUCCUCUCAUGCUGGAUAUGAGAAUGAAAAUAACGAAGUAAUCUGCCCUCUGCCGAGCUGGAAGAUGGUCUACGAAAGCGACGGGUCGGUCAACUAUCGCCCCAUUUACGAUCCAUCAAAGCCAGAAAAAGACGAAAAGAUGCGACACGAGACAGAAGUCGAUCUUAUCACGAGCUACUCGCCCUUCUCCAACGAGGAAACUCUUCUUGAGCAAUUUUAUGGCCUGGAAAGCCAAGGAACCAUCAUCAUUCUUUACCAGCUCAACCUGAAUGAAAGUGGCGAGCCAGAAUUGAACGCUGAGCUGGACGACAACGACAUUCACGAUGUUGGAGAUCAUGGAAACGCGGCGAAAUCUCUCAAAGAAUACCUCUCAACCCUCUACCUCAAGCCUAAGAUGCAAGUCUUCCUCCGCGGCGAAUUUAUCCGCCCAACUCGAAUCUACGAUCUGAUGUACGAAAGACGCAAAUACAAUCUUCCAAAGGGCAAAUUCCGAUCGACGGCUAAGUCUAAAAUCGCAGACUUGACAGAGCAGAAAAAGAAGAAAUUGAACAAGAUCAAGAAAGUCAAAUCUGAGAUCGCCACUUUGACGAAAGAAGGGUCCACCAACGCUAGCUCUCUCCAGCAAAUUCGCAAGCUCAACAUGACAGUCGACAAGUACGAGAGUGACAUUCGCCGCUUCGACCUGGAAAUCAAGCAAAAGGAAAAAAUCUCCAAUGUCACCGAUUUCACCCUCACCCUCGGCUACAACAUCCGCGAGCGACAAAAAUCCGGGAUCCGAAUCUUCUCUAAAAAUCGCCUCAUCGUUGAAGUCGAAGGACCGGAAAUGGCGAAAUGGCCUCUUGGUGUUUUGGCGGCGGUGGAUGUUCCAGCAGCGUUGAUGCAGCCGAGCAUGAGCAAGCAGCGAUUCGCGGAUGAUAGAGAGUUUAGGACUCUUGUGAAGUUGUGCCAAGAUCGCGCGCACGAUUACCACAAGCGAAUCAAAAUCGAGUUCGAGCAGUGGUGCCAGUUCGGCUACCCCACCAGCGAUCCAUUGUGCGAGAGACAGGAAACCCAGGCGACAAACCGGGCGGUUGAGAAGGCUCAACCUCCAUUUUUCCGGUGCACGAGAGAUGACUGCGGCAAGUUCCGAAAAGUCAAUAAUCCAGACGAUGCGAAUCCUGCCUAUUUCAUCUGCAUGGAUUUGACCGAUCCUAAAUACAACAGCUGCAAAAACGCCGAAGAAGUCAUCACAACGAAAUCGCUCGAGAUGUUGCCCGUAAUCAAAAAGGAAUCGCGCGAUGUCGAAGAAGUCGCCGUUUCUCCCGAGCGUCGAAAAAUCCAACGGCCAUCUGCCAAGACAAGCGAAAACGGCAACGGCGCUACGACAAGUGCGAGUGGAAAAGCACCGCCAGUGAUUCGCGACGCACCGAUUCAGAACCGAGGUCGAAUUAUUUCGGAUUCUGAGGACGACGAGCCUAUUGUCAGAAAGAGAAACUUGAGAAAGAGACGCUCUGGACAUGGGCCAGUAGGAGCAGAGGUGACUUCUGGCUUUGAUCGACACAGAGCAGUGAUUGGUGACAGCUCGGAAGAAGACAACAGCGAUUAUGGAGGAAAGAGCCCACCGCCAAAGCGCCGGCAUCGCAAAGAAUCGGAGGAAAACUUCGAGGAGCGUUUGCUAGAACUCGAGCGCACUGUUGAAAAAGAAAAGGCUGCACGAGAGAGAGUAGAGAAGAGAGAGAAGGAGUACAUGAAAAAGCUCCAUCAAACGGUGAAGAAUUUCUUCCCGUCAAGCUGGAGGGACAAGCCCGGCCUAUGCCACAAGGAUAUCGACUCCUGGAAUCUUGAUGAAUUCAAGGAGAAGGAGGAUGCGUGGCGAAAGGCUUACACCUUGGACCUGAAAGACACGAUGGCCCGAGCAGGGAAGAAAAAAGUAGCAACUGCGAAACGCGAACUGCUCAGAGAAGUCUUCGAUCUCAUUCAAUCCACCAGCGAUCAAAAAGAGCUGAUUCAAAAAAUCAAGGGCGUGGACAACAAGAUCGGCGAGGAGAUCAAAAAAUAUAGCAAAAACAAAUAA